CAGCCCACAGCUGGGCAGCCAGCAGGGAGCCCUGUGCUAGAGGAUCUCUCUGCCUUUUUGGGGGCACAGCACGAGGUUUCUUCCUUCUCCCAAAGCCCCCGCUCUGCGCCAUGGGCCUGAGCUCUUCCAAGGCGCACCCCAAGGUGACCAGGGUGGCACCGAUGCUCUCCAGCGAGGACCUGCCCGCUCACCCCAUCCCGCACCCUGGGGUGCUGGGGGGGCCCAUCCUGUACCCGCCGGCCGUGGGGGAAUGGGGAGCCCCCAAAUUUCAUGGGCGGCUCCCUCCUCUCCGCAACACCUCCUACGGGAGGGCCUCCGCAGGGCCCCUUUCCUUUGACACCGUGCCGGCAGAUGGAGGCAGCAGCAUCAUCAAACUGUACCCGCCUCGGCGACCACAAAGGCUUGAACCUGCCGGCCCGCCAUGGGGGAUUGCUCCUGCAAAGCCCUGGAGCCAGCACCAAGCGGAUGAAGCCCCAAAAACCAAGGCUCUGGAGAAGAGCGGGCAGAGCCUGAGAGCCCUCCCUGGCAGGCGGCAGCACUUGCACAAGCUGCAGAUGCUGGAGCUGACCCGCCGGCGCCGAGAGGCAGAGCUGAGGCGAAAUCUCCACAGGGAGGCAAAAAUCAAUAAACAAAAAAUCAAGGAAUUCAGCCCGAAGAAAGUCCUUGACACUCGACAGAGAGGUGACAGCACCGGCAGCCGAGACCUUGUCCCCGCUGAGCACAAUCAGCAUUUUAAUGGAGACCCUGGAGACAGCGGGGAUGGAGGACUCGCAGGGCAGCAUGACAGCAGCAGCAAGGUCGGGCUGUGGCUCUGCAGGGAGCCGCGCACCAGGGACCUGCCCUGGGACACCUCCAGCACCGACUCGGGGGGCUGCGAGAGGGAAGAGAGGAAAAUUCCCCGUAAACCUGCGCUGGUCUCAGCACUGUGCAGAGUGGUGGGAACAGAGGAGUCUCCAGCAGCCCCUGGUGCUGCAGGGUGCUGGCCAUCUCCAAAUGCAUUCAAAGCAAUGGUGCUGUGAAGGACAUCAGUUCUGUGAUUCUGGGAUAAAAUGAAUCCCUGGGAAUGUCUCCCUGGGUUGCUUUCCCCUUGGUCUGCCUAAACCCGACCAGAGGGUAAAACAUCCUCAGCUGAGCUUGUUGGCUGGCCUGGCCACCAGCUGGGACAGACUGGAAGACUCACAGGCGGACAGACAGACAGACACACGUGCCAUCCGCUCAUUUAGGCACCACCUGAUUAACCCAAGCCCUGCGCUGCUGUUUGAUUGGGUUUCCCUCGUGUGCCUCGGCUGACUUUGUCUUAGCUGAGUGAUGUUGAAUUUCCAAAUGCAUGAGAAGGGAGUUGGGGCUGCUCUCCCUCCCUGCUCACCAGGAAUUAGGGACAGGGCAGGGACCCUACAAACAGCAGGUAGUGUCACCACCACAGCUGCUUCCAUGUCCUUCUGCUGGAAAUCUGCCCCCCUUAUUCUUUAACUCAAUUUGGAGUCAUUUCUCAUGUGCCCAGGGCAGGGCAGGGUCUGGGAGACUCAGGGCAGGUGAAGCGCGUCCUUCCACGAGGCUGUUUUGGAUAUGUCAGCUCUAUAUCCUCAGCCUCCUGGCUUACAUAGCCAGAAAAAGAGCAGAAGACACAUUUUCAUGUGUAUUUAGGGGAAUCAGACACCUGUGGCUGACUCAGUUUCAACAAUUUUCAGCUAUUUGUCUCUCUUGAACUUUAUUGAAUAUCAAAAAGCAGGAGAUGCAAGUCCCAGCCGAAGCCCCAAAUCAAAGGUGGAGCCUCUAGCACAGCUGCCCAACACUGAGCUUCUCUGUCCUGGCUUCCCCCCUCUCUGUCUUUUUGCUGUCUCUGGAUGUGCAGCCCAUUACGGCACGUCUGCACGCUUUGUGGAGAAAGCUGCUCUUUGGAGCAAGCCCACACGCCGUGUGCGAGUUCACGAAAAAGCCAAGAAAACAAACCCUGGCACAGAGAAGGAGAAGUAAGGGAAGUGAUUUUUAAUGAGAAAGGAGAACUGUUAGUGGCUAAUGAGUCCUUGUCUGGAGUCUGCGUUUCAAAAAUGCCCUUGCAAACUUUCCUCAUAAACACGGGCGUUGUGGAAGUAUCGUGAGAGCUUUGGAUUCGGUGCUGAGGGUAGGCUGAAAAUGUCAAUGAUUUAAUGGGCUGGAACAAUUAAUCUGGCACUUGUCUGUACACCUGUCCUCUUAAUGAUUCGACAUAUCUCCCUUCUGUGUUCCCAUCUGUCAACAAUUAAGCGAUAAUUGGUGGAAAUGCAAUUUAUCUCAGAUAGAGCUGAUUAGUCUUCCAAUAAUCACGUUGCCAGCGCUUGGGAAGAGUGCUGCCCACGGAGAAGAGCGUGUGGACCAGUCGAUCCAUAUCGCAGGCUGUGCAGAGAAGGGGCUCUGAGCAUUAAUUUAUCAAUUUACAGUGUGCAAAAUUUGCUCUUAUGGAGGCAAUAAAGCCGGCAAACCUGCUUUCUACUUCUGGUGCUCAAAAUUGUUUGAUUUUCAGCUGCUUUCACUUGUGUUAACUCAUCAUAACCUGUAGAGAGGCAGACGGCAACUCAUUCUGUUCUCAUGUUUUCUAACAUCCUUCCAGAGGCUGGAAAUGAAAAUGUUUUCUCUAUUACUAAAGAUAAAACUUAGGCUUUUCUACAAAUUACAGAAGAUGGGAGAAAAAAAAAAAAAAAGCAAUAACAAGAA